AUGCUUCGAAGACCGCUAGUGACACAGCUUCGAAAAUCUCUCAAUAUCAUCCAUUUGACGCGUCGAUGGCGCUCGGAAAUUGCGACCGGCUCUUUGGAUGAGAAACCUACGGUCGGGGAAUUGGACAAGCUAUUCGCUCAAUCUCGAUCUCAUGAUGCCAAAAAAGUUUGGACGCAUACUUUCACGAGGAUGAGUGACUCUUUCACCCGGCAACAGCUCUAUGAGCUUGCGCGUAGUGCUAACCUCAAAGAUAUGAAAGCAUCUACACCCAAGGCUAUGAUUGUGAAAGCGUUCCUUGAACAGCGAUUCAAUCUGACAGAUCCAAAUGAAGAGACAGCAUCGAUAUUUGUUCGCUUGCCCAUGAGUAGCGUCUUUUUACUUACACAAUGCGGUGCAUUGUUAUUUAAAUCAGCUCAAAACUUCGGUGCCCAAGUAUAUAUGGGAAAAAGUGGAAAUGACGUUGGGGUCGCGAUCACCGGAACCAAACGAGCCGUGCAAAAUAUGCAGGACUGGUUAGAAACGUUUGAAAGGGACAUCCAAUAUAUGUCAACACCGUACAGGCCACAAGCCCACACGCUGCCCUGGAUAAUGAAACGGACUCAGUGCCAUGUAUCGCAGGAUAAUGGUGACGCGAAGCUUGCUUUCUUGCAUCCUUAUCAUGCGCAACAAGCCACAAUGUUAUUGGAGCAGCAAAUGCAUGUGCAAUCAUUACAAUGGGAAAACCUGUGGUCUUUCACGCCUGACAGACACGUAACUGCGUCACCUUUGCCUUUCUGUCCAUCAAGUAUGGCUGAUCCAUCAGACGAAUUCAAUGUAUCUCUCGGCACAUGGACCCGUCUCUCAGGUGGGAUAAGUGACCUACCCAACGUACUCUGUCAUUUAAAUGACGCUUCUCUCGUGGAUCCUUUGGCUUGGCUGGCUUCAAGGGCAUACCAAAUGGAGCCAACAUCCGACCCGUCGGUCAUGGUUGAUGGACCGUGGGAAUCGAAUCUCUCGCUCACAUUUGGGCACAUUCUAUGGAAAGACCAGCCAAGCAUAACUCAACCUCUUACCUCACACAUUUCUGCACCAGCUUUUUUUUUCGAGUCUGAGCUGCCCAAUGCAACCACGCAAACGCCAUAUAUACCCGGUUGGACAGAAAUGUCGAUGGAUGAACUCGAAACAGAGCGCAUCUACUAUCGCGGGUUAACGCCAUGGGGUCCCAUGGAUUUAGUGGUAAUUCACGAAAUUCAGCAUGAACAACUUGUUCCGCGUGCAUGCUGGUGGCAAUAUGAGACGCAUGUGCCCAUAUUGUGUCCCUUUGCCCCUGUCGAUGUGUGCCUCACUGCUGUGAAUCGAGCGCCUUCGCGCCUAGAUGUACCAGAACUAAUCAGAACCGUGGACUUGGAUGACAGUUUUCGCUCAUUACCUACCACUCUCUCUGUGGAGUUUGCAGGCACAAAGUUCUGGCGGCUAUGGAGAAGUGAGCGCAUAGUGCAACGCACAUCUUCGUACGCUCACACUGAUCACCCUAAUGAGCUCAUCUUUCAUCGUGUAUCUCUGCGCCGAAAUUCGAUGCCGCACUUCUCACACAUAACGCGCAUUGAUUUCCCUACUUGGUCGAACGAUUACAUUGGUAUGCUCACUUCGCUUUUGCGCACAUCAUACCCUACUCUUGGAAAACAAUAA